GACAUUUCAUGAUAUCUACGUCAUACGUAGAGUAGAUAACACUUGUGGUUUUUACGUCAUAGAGAUAAACAGGUGAUGACUUAACCUGUCAUGUUGCGGGCAAGUGUCUCGUGGCACGGAAUAAGAAGAAUGACUACCCUACGUCUCGCGUUGGUCCAGCUGUCCGUCGGCGAUGACAAGGCAACGAACGUCUCGCGAGCCGUCUCUUUUAUCGAGCGUGCGAAACAGGACCGAGCCGAUAUCGUGACGCUGCCCGAGUCUUUCAACUCGCCAUACGGAACGUCUCACUUUGCGAAAUAUGCCGAGAGCAUUCCGGACGGCGAGACGAGCGCGGCGUUGUCCGAGGCGGCGAGAAAGAAUAAUGUCUAUGUGAUCGCUGGCACGAUAAUGGAGAGAAGCAACGACAAGUUGUACAACACCUGCACGGUAUGGGGACCGGAUGGAAAACUCGUAGCCAAGCACAGAAAGAUGCAUUUGUUCGAUAUUGACGUUAAAGGGAAAGUGACUUUUCGCGAAAGUGACGUCCUAUCCGCUGGCAAUACCCUUACCACCUUUCAAGCGAAAGGUUGCAAAAUCGGCAUUGGUAUUUGCUAUGAUAUCAGAUUUGAAGAAAUGGCACGACUCUAUAGAAACCAAGGUUGUCAGAUGUUGAUAUAUCCGGCGGCAUUCACCAUGACCACUGGCCCGCUGCAUUGGUCGCUUCUGCAGCGUGCCAGAGCAACUGACAAUCAAUUAUACGUAGCCAGCGUAUCACCGGCACGUGGCUCACCGCCUGGAUACGUCGCUUGGGGGCAUACCCAGUUAACCAAUCCUUGGGGAGAAAUACUUGAAGAGUUGGAUGCUGCCGAGGAUAUGGUGGUCUCCGAUAUAGAUCUGGCAGUCGUGGAUCAAGUCAGAGCUCAAAUCCCGACGUUCGAUCAACGUCGUACUGAUCUGUAUGACACCAUUUGGAAGAAGGGAAAUUAGCAAGACGCUUAUGUCAUUAAGUAAUUUCGCACGUGUUAUCAUGAGCAAUCCUAUCGUCAUCAACUGUUAUUAUAGAAAAGAGAGCUUCAAAUUUCACAUUCAAACACAUUCAAACUUGGUAGAUAAAUAUAUUUUGUCAAAUGUAUAUCUACACGUGUGAUACGAUAUUGUAAAUCUAAUUAUUCUCAUCGGUAUCAAUUUCGUAUCUUUUGAUAUACCUACCAAUUUCGUCUUAUCGUUAAAUCGUUAUUUCAUCAACUUGUUGCUUCAGGGAAGAUUAGAGAAAUUUCCGUUCAAAGAGACAAUAUAUCGAGUCUGUUUAGUAUUUUGAAUUUUAUUGUAAUUUCAUAUAUGUAGAUUUUGAAUCAUCACUCACACAUAAAAGGCCCCUGGAUCAUUAUAUGACAUUGUUAUGUCGAAAGUACGUAUUGCAGUAAAAUUACAUCGAUAUAUUACACA